CCCCUUCACACUGCUUUUGCCUCCGCAUCUGCAUCAGAUCAGUGCAGUGCAUUGCAUCAGAAUACCGCUAGCACGGCGGGAGCCAUAAUCGCAGCCCCCAUUCCAGCCAUCACAGCACCUGCCCUCAGCGAGGACGCUGCGCCCGUGAAGAGAGGCGGAGAAGAGGUAGAUGGAGUCGGGGUCUUGAUGAAGGACACAGACGCACUAGAGGCCGGAGUAGAUGAUGGUUUCACUGACGGAGUGGAUGGCGUGUACACCGGAGUGGAGGAUACGGUAGUUGGUGACGGUGUGGUGAUUGAAGUCGAAGUCGAGGUCGAAGUCCAAGUAGAAAUAGAAGUGGAAGUGGAAGUCGAAGUCAAAGUAGUUGUCAAAGUCGACGUCGAGCUCGAGUCCGACCCCGGAAUCGCCGUCGCCACGGGCUCCGUGCCAUCAGGGCAGGUGUCCGGCGGCAUCGCGUAG